AUGGCUACCGUCCUCCAUGACCUCGUCCAAGUCUAUGAGUGUGACGGUAACGUCGCCUUCUUACGCGAUUCGCAUCGUUUCCGCUUCUUCAUCUACAGCGAUAGCAGCUCGCGAGUAACUAUCGAAAAAAUCACUCGUGCGAGUCAAAAUGCCGUUGCAAAACUCAAUCGAAGAGCUCUUGAUCCAUUAAAUUCCAUUGAGGAAGACGUGGAUAAUGAAGAUGAAUGUAUUGGAGAAGGAACAGAUGAAGACGAAGAGGUGGAAGGAGAUAUCAAUGGGUCUCUUGUUAUACCUCAUGAUGAGGUACAGGAUCUGGUCGAAGUCGACAGUGGAGAGGAUUUCCAGCAAAUUAAAGUGGUAGCUUAUGACGGACAUGCAAUCGUGGAAACUAUGGACAGCAGUCAGCAAUCAGGUCAUGUUGUGCAUUUUAAGCUUGUGUUAUGGAAGCGACAAGAUCAAGGCACGUGGUGGUCGCAGACCCUUCAGUGCAGUGCUCACCUCUCGACUCAGCGAGGUUUAUCAGGGCAGUUUGUGAAUAUCCGAGGAAAUGGAGAAGCUGCUCAGGACUUUGAUUUCCACUUCGUUAGUCAUCGAUUCGAGUGGGUGGACAAGUCAAUGUACCCGUUGACGCCUGGAAGGUAUACACUGCAAGGCGUUACAAUUGCGGAGAACGCAUUCGUGUACGAGUGUGUUGUGGAACUAAAUCUCGAAGACAACGGUGUGGUCUCAGGCACGUCUCGAGAGCUACCCUUUGCUCAAGAAUGCUCACUUGGUGGCAGGUGGACACGUAGCACGUUAAACUACUUGCUGCAGUACGAGAUGCACCGUACUCAGCACACGUACGUGUACUACGGAACUUCGUCGCUUUCAGGAGUUUACGGGACAUGGCAAAAUUCCAUGAUGCCGGUGCUAGCUACCAGCGUUGACACCCCGACCCUUCAAGCUGAGCGUGGCAUUCUCGCAUUUCAUCUCGUGGAUGCUGUCCGGGUAUGGAGUGAAGCGUAUCACAGCGAUUAUCCUGCAUCGUUCCAAGAGUGCGUCAAGCUGCUGCUACUUGCAUCGUAUCGUGGUCAUUUCGUGCCGACGCAUUUGAUCCGCUCUAUUGUGGUCUAUUGUGGGUACAACUGGUUUCCCAUCGAUUUACACGAAGUGCUGAGCCGAAACCGCACAAAACGAUAG